UAUAUGUUUAAUUUGCCGCGGUUAGUAUCGGAUCCGGAGCUCCUCUCUGUGCUGAAGCGGAUCUGACUGUAUCGCUUUCCUUAUCAAAGGUUGCAGCUGGCUGCGGUGGAGCCGGGCGAUGCACACCCAGCUCAAGCUGUAUUUAUGUCAUUUCAUAGCUUGCAUUUAGACUUUUGCGGUUGGCAGAAUUAGAGCGAGUGAUCAUAACAAUGCAGUUCAAGAGUACAUUGAAAUAACAGGUAGAGCUGUUAAAAACGCGCCGCAGAUUUCAAAGUGCUCCCCUCAAACCAGGACCGUGUUAUAUAACGGCAUCGUUUGUUUGUGCUCAUUUGACGUACCUGGUUUUAAAAAGACAAAUAAAUAAAUAACGGCUACUAAUUUCCCUUUCUGUAAACUUAGGGUCAAUAAUCCUUUCUCUUUCGUCAGCCUUGAUUAUGGCAGCAGUCCUUUUUGGGGGUUUCUUAUUGGCACACCCCAAGGCAGCUGCCAGUAGAUUCUCUACUGGAUCUAGCAAAUCUGUUCAAUCAAAGCAAGAUCUGGUACACCGUGCGUCCUAGCAAAGAUGCCAAGGUCAAGGUUUCACAAUGUUCGCCUGCUGGCUCUCUAGAAGACUCUUGCCAACAGGUUUAGGCGUCCCAAGCAAUGUCGAAGGACCCCCUGGCGGACGCUGGGCUUCACUUCGAUGAGCUCAACAAACUGCGAGUCCUGGACCCGGAGGUGGGGCAGAAGACCACCGACCUCAAAGAGGAGUGUAAAGAAUUCGUGGAGAAAAUCAGUCAGUUCCAGAAGAUAGUCGGAGGGCUGAUUGAGCUCGUGGAUGAGCUGGCACAAGAGGCAGAGACUGAGAAGAUGAAGGCGAUCGGCGCAAGGAAUCUGCUGAAAUCGGUGGCCAAGCAGAGGGAGGCUCAGCAGCAGCAGCUCCAGGCCCUCAUCGCAGAAAAGAAGAUGCAGCUUGAGAGGUAUCGGAUUGAAUACGAAGCGCUGUCCAAGGUGGAAGCAGAACAAAAUGAAUUCAUUGACCAGUUCAUCCUGCAAAAAUAAGAGACUGAUGGGAUUGUGACAACAGGAAGCAGUGAAGGACAGCCCGUCCCAUCCCAACGCAGGGCACAGGAAGACCACACAGCCCCUUCUUCUAGAGCUCCAGACUCACACACUUGAAGUACUAAGGAUUGGUGGCACGCACCGGGCCUGUUGAAUUCUCCUUGGAAUUAAAAAAAAAAAAAAAAACACUCACCCCUUUAUUGAAGAGCUUAAACCAGGAUGCAAAAAUAUUUGUCAUACCUUUUGAAAAAAAAAAAAAAAAUAGAUAUACACACACACACUAGUUGAGUGAUUCAUAUUUAUAUGAUUUCUAUCUUGUGGUACUUUAGUAAAAAGCCAGUUGUAUUAAUUCCUUGUUUUUCUUUUUAAAUAUGAACAUACAUUAAUAAUAGCUGCAGGGUGCUGUACAGUAAUGCCAGCAGUUUGAUAAUCUUGUAUUAAUAUGUGUUGAAGAUGUUGGCUCUCGUUUGUGUCGUUAAGGCAGCCUGCAGACACGUUCUUUGCGUUUGUUAAACAGCACUACACUGAAAACAGAUCGAUGCCCAAAGGACCAACGGUAGGCUUCGACUCUGUGAAACAUAUUUUUCGGUUCCGAGUUUGUUCUGUUGUGCUUAUCUGGAUCCGUCGAUUUCAUGUAAGUUUAUUAAAAACCAAAAAUGCUAAUUGUUUGUGGUUGCUUUUUUUAAAAGGUAAAUCGCAGUUUGUGUUCUGAGAAACUUAACGAUCAAUGACAUUCAAGAGAGACACGGGGGCACAGCUCACUUUAAUCGCUGUCUGGACUCUAGUGAACAAAGUUCAGAAGCUAAAUCAAGCGUGUACGUUUGUUUUUCUCUUCAUUGCAAGCGCUUAUCUU